AUGGGAAAUCACAAAAUACAUUUACUGCUCUUAUUCCUCUUCUGUGUAUUUCUUGACACCAUACUCAUGGCUGCACCUGAUGACAAUCAAAGAAAGCCGUACAUAGUCUACAUGGGAGCAACUCCGACAAAGAUGACGAUGACGUUGAUGGCGAAUGAUCAUCAGAGUCUUCUUUCGGAAACCAUUGGAGAUGAAAUAGUAGCAAGACAAUCCAAGCUGCAUAGUUAUGGAAGGAGUUUUAAUGGUUUUGUGGCAAACUUGUUACCACGUGAAGCAGAUCAACUCUCAAGGAAAGAAGGAGUUCUAUCGGUGUUUCCGAACUCCAUUCAGAAGCUUCAGACAACGAGAUCAUGGGAUUUCGUUGGAAUGCCGCUAAAGAGAACGGAAAGGAACACAAAAGCGGAAAGCAAUCUGAUCAUUGGCGUUCUAGAUACAGGGAUUUGGCCACAGUCGCCUAGCUUUAAUGACAAAGGCUUUGGCCCUCCUCCUCGCAAAUGGAAGGGUAAAUGCUUUGUGGGUGGUAACUUCACUGGUUGCAACAACAAAGUGAUCGGAGCACAAUAUUCGUACAUCGGAACCCCACCAGACCAAAAACUAUCGCCUGUGGACGAGGAUGGUCACGGAACACACACAGCUUCCACGGCGGCCGGAGUUCCAGUGAAGGGUGCGGGUCUUUACGGUAUUGGCAAAGGCACAGCACGAGGUGGGGUGCCAUCAGCCCGCAUAGCAGCUUAUAAAGUUUGUUGGGCUUCGGGUUGUUCAGAUAUGGAUCUGUUAGCCGGAUUCGACAGUGCGAUAGCCGAUGGGGUGGAUGUGAUAUCGGUGUCGGUUGGAGGAAGUCCAAGAAAAUUCUUUCAAGAUUCCAUAGCCAUUGGAGCUUUUCACGCAAUGAAGAAGGGUAUUUUCACGGCUUGCUCGGCCGGAAACGAAGGUCCCGACCUGCUCACGGUACAAAACGUGGCGCCGUGGAUCACAACCGUGGCUGCAUCAAGUAUAGAUCGCCAGUUUAUAGCUGAUGUUAAGUUGGGUAGCGGUCAAACCAUCAUGGGAGUUGCUGUGAAUACAUUUUCAAACAAGAAGAAAAUGUAUCCGUUAACAAGUGGCACACUUGCAGCCAAUAUCACCCAAAUAUACAGAAACGCAAGUGCUUGCGAGUAUGGAUCUUUGUCGGACGGAUUGGUGAAAGGAAAGAUUGUGUACUGUUUGGGAAAAAACCAACAAGAUCACAUACUCUACAACCAAGGUGUCGCAGGAAUAAUUGUAUCCCGAGAGAGCGACAACGAUACACCUUCUCCUUUUCUCAUCCCAGGAACAACCGUAAGUCCAGAGGAGGGCAAAAACAUCGAUGCCUACAUCAACUCCACCAAAAUGUCGGUAGCUGUCAUACAUAAAUCAAGAUCCAUGACGCUGGCUGAUGCCCCAUUUGUCGCAACCUUCUCUUCUAGAGGACCACAAUUGGUAACUCCGAACAUCCUCAAGCCUGAUAUCGCUGCACCUGGACUCGGUAUAUUGGCUGCAUACUCGAAACUAACAAGCAUGACCGGCCACCCGGACUACGAUAAACGAUUUGUGGAUUACCAAAUAGCGUCUGGAACAUCAAUGGCGUGCCCGCAUGUUUCUGCCGCUGCCGCCUAUGUCAAGUCUUUUCACCGCACUUGGUCACCUGCCGCAAUCAAAUCGGCACUCAUGACAACAGCAACACCAAUGAAGAUCAACACAGCAGCAAUGGAGUUGGCAUCAGGCUCUGGUUUAAUAAACCCUACAAAAGCAGUAAACCCUGGUCUCAUAUAUGACAUCAACACAAGUGCCUACAUUGCUUACUUAUGCAAAGUAGGUUACAACAGCACAACACUUGGCAUACUCAAUGGUGGAAGACAUCAAUAUGACUGCAAAAACUUCAAACCAACCAGAGGUGUUGAUGGUCUCAACUACCCUUCAAUGCAGUUGCAGGUUGAACAAAACGUCACCAACUUUUCCGCCGUCUUCAAACGGAUCGUUAAGAACGUAGGAGACGAAAGAGCGAUUUACGAAGCGAAAGUGGUGAAACCUUUGGGUCUUACCAUCACAGUAACACCACCUGUUUUGAAGUUUGAGAAGCUGAACCAGAAGUUAGCAUUCACAGUUGUGUUGGAAGGGGCUUUUGUUAAGAAAGAUGCAUUUUUGUUGUCUGGAUCGAUUGAAUGGAGGGAUUCUAAGCAUUCUGUAGUGAGUCCAGUUAGUGUAUACAGGUAUAUACCUCCGGUAUUGCAGGAUGAAAUAAGGGUUUAG